UCUUAACAAUUUAUAAGGUUAAUGUUAUAUCACCUCCCUUUAAAUCGCCAUUGGAUUGUUCUAAAUUCAGCAUGGCGGUAGGAGUGGAAGAAGAAGUGAAAUCUUUGGUGAAUUUUCUCGGUUUGCCUGCUUAUAAAGUCACCACACAUGGGGAUCUCAAGGUACCACAACUGCAGACGAGUAAUGGCAGAACACUGAUGGGACUGGCAACGAUAUCCAAAUUUCUAGCCAAGUCCUCCGCAUCCAAUGGAGCAAAGCUUCUUGGGACAUCUCCUGAGGAACAUGCAGAGAUUGCUCAGUGGCUAGAAUACAGAGUUACAGUAGUGGACAGGAGUGUGGAGAAGAAAGAUGUUCAGGCCAUGCUAAAGGAGCUGAACUCUUACCUGUUAGACAAGGUGUAUUUCCUAGGGUUCCACCUGUCUCUAGCUGACCUUGUCAUCUAUCAUGGACUACAUCCUGUCAUGUGCCAGCUGAAUUUCUAUGAGAAGCAGCAGUACCAGAAUGUGUCGAGGUGGUUUGACCAAGUGCAACAUUAUCCCGGUGUGCAGCAACAUCUACCCAAAGUAGUGUUCGUGAGAAACUCUCUCUACACCAGUUUUGAUCACUAACCGUGUCACUGGGAAAUACUACAGGCCAAUUCCACAUACCACUGCUGUUUUCUGGGCAAUACUGGUGAGCUCUCUCUCAAGAAAAAAGGGACAAGGACAAGAAGAAUGAUUGAAAGGAGUCGCAAUAAUGUUGUGUUGUAGACUGAAACAUAUUUGAGCUUUGUUAUCUUUUUAAUGUCUCUGGUCCUAAUCCCGAUCUAUGUUCUACAUGAAGGCACACUUGUUUUGUAAAUGUGCACUUGACACUAAACCCUUGUGAGUUAAGCUUCAAUCUUGUACUGUAUAUAUAACCGAGACUUAAUUUAUACAGACGUGUGUUUUUUUAUAAGUGAUGCGCUUUGCGUCGCAGCAUUACGGGAGUUGCAGAUGGUUUUUGUUCGUUUGAUUGUGGAACAUACGUUCCAUCACAAAAAUGUGUGCCCUAAUCGAGCUAUGCAAUUACAGCGUGAUUUAUGGACAUUGGUAAGCAUUUAAAAUACUGAAACUACCAUUGAAAUACUUGAGAACUCUCUUUCUGUCCCAAACAACGCUCCAAAAUAGUAUCAACACCGUGUUGUGUUUACAUGGUGGUGGUCACAUGACUUUGAAUUACGUGAACGAUAAAAAUGGCGGACCCAGAGAUGUGUAAAAAACUGCAUGUCGUGUUAGCUCCAAUUGUCCAGCAAGAAAGACACCAGCAUGACAAAGAUGUAGCUUGUAGUUAAGUUUAACUAUCACUGUUUAUACAUGUGGCAUCAUGCAGGGAUAUUACGUAUUCUACACUGAAUAAUUCCGCUGUGUUGAAGGCCAUGUUCGUAAGCUGUUCGCUUGUCAACUCCUGUUAGAGCGGUGAAAUUCAAACAAAAUUUCAAGCAUUGGUUGCUGGUGCUUACGAGCUUAAACAAAUGACAUUGUUUUAACCUGUGGUUUCCAAGACAGUAACUUAGUCAACUGUCAUGGGUCCAUAUCAUGAAUGGGCAUAUCACAGCACUGCUCAUUUAUCCAACUAGUUCAGGAUUGCGCAUGGAGCGGGGUAAGGACCGGAGAUGUUAGCUUCAAUCAAGGAGAAAAAGAAAAACAAAAUGCACAUACAUGUAGUUGAAGGCAUGGUAGCUAUUCACAUUAAGUGCAUUACAGGGCAAUACACUGAUGAAUAAAAUAUGAUGCAGUCACGAUGGCUGAUAUGCUGAUUCAAUCCAUUGUAACAUUGAUAAUGCAUGAAGACAACACAUGUUGUGCAACGCCUCACCCCGCCCGCCAGGGACGACAGAUGAUGAUGAUGAAGAUAACAUCUGGUCUCAGUAUAAGGGUUGUUGUAAAGUUUCUUCCAACUAAAACAUUCCAUGUUGGGAAUGUUUUCUACAUGAUAUAAAAAGAUAUUUGUUAAAAGCUGUCUGAACCAUCAUCUUCCCAUGUUUAAAUGUACCCAUGACUGAGAAUUUUUACAAAACUAAUGUGUUGGAUGUAAUUUAUUACAUGUACAUG